GUUUUGCUCCACAUGACGUAUAAGAAACUUCCUCAGAAAAAAAACAGUAAACAAAUUCAUAUAUUCGGCUGGAACGUAUUGAGCAGCGCUUGCUUGCUUUAAUUUUUUGGGAAUUACGAAGCUUUCGGUUGACAUCACACGCAGGUUAAAGCAGGUCGACAUACAGGAGCGACACAAAGAAGUGAACUGUAGGAAAAGCUCAGCGCGCCGAACGUUUGUUUAGUUUAGUGAUUAGUGAACGCUCAGGCUUCUCUUCCGGUAACAAUACUACGAGCAGCGCUCGUCUUGAAGAAAUCGUUCAUAUUUAGACAUGGUGAAGCAGACCAAGGCCAAAACUUUCCAGGCCUAUCUGGACUUCUGUCACCGCCGCUACAGCUGCGUCCACUGCCGUGCACACCUGGCCAACCACGAUGACCUGAUUUCUAAGUCAUUUCAAGGCAGUCAAGGACGUGCCUAUCUGUUCAAUUCUGUGGUGAACGUGGGUUGUGGCCCAGCAGAAGAAAGGCUUCUGCUGACCGGUCUUCAUGCUGUAGCUGAUAUUUACUGCGAGAAUUGCCACACCACACUGGGCUGGAAAUAUGAGCAGGCAUUUGAGUUAAGUCAGAAGUAUAAGGAGGGAAAGUUUAUUAUUGAAUUAUCUCACAUGAUUAAGGAUAAUGGCUGGGACUGAAGCGUUCAGCCUUUGCUUUAACUUUGUCACCGCUUGCAGCUUCUCCAAGAACGUCAUGAGAUGCUUUCUUUUAUAUCUAUAUAUAUCCAUCUAUGAUCUACAUUUACUAUUGUGAGCACCUUUUUCCACACUUGUAUCCCAAUGCACCAGUUUUUUAAGGGGGCAGGGCAGUCUUGGGUGAUUGGUUUGUGUGUGUGUUUGUGCUUUUUAUAUGUAUUUGGAGGUGUGCUUGUGUGUGAGGCAUGCUUGAAGAAACCGUGCUAAAAUUAUCAACUACGUAAAUCCAGUUUUAAAGAAUUCUUGGCAUAAGCCCACAAAUUCUCCAAAUUAAGUGCAGUUCAUGAGGUUUGGUUAUAGCAUGAUCAAAAUGCCAAGAUCCAAUGCUUUUUUUUUAAAAUUCAAUUAAUUUUUACUUUAAAGAGCGAGGUAUUUGUGAAUGAGGUAGUGCGAGUGAAAUAACUUUAUCGUAUGUUGUUUGUGUCUGUGUUUGUGGGGCUUAGAGUGGAUCAUGUGCAAUAUGUGUGUAUGUGAGAGAGUUUGCAUUAAGGAUGAUUCAUGCCUCCAAAUUAAGUCAUUUUUGGUUGAAUUCAUCUUUUACUUCACCAAGUCACUGGGGAGUCCCAACAGAUUAUCAUCCUGAUGAACAAGCAGGCUUGUUGCUGUAGAGAUGUCCACAGUUGACUGACCUUCUUAAGACACGUCAAUUACAGCUUAUAAGUAUAUACAGCUUAUUGUAAUUGGGAUAUAAAUUUUUCUCUGUUUGUCUUGUUUCUUGUUUUGGUUUUUUUGUCUAUGAGAAAUGUAUUAAGUAUAUUCUAACACUGAGCAGCAUGUACAGAGACAUUGAUCUGAUCAUUUUAGAGCAGACAUGUAAAUGUGCUUAUGAUUGUGUAGCAGAGUAUUUCUUUGAAUGCUAAAGUGUAUUAAGUUAACCUGAAUUCUUUACAUUAAAGUAUGGGGUAAAUGAAAA